GCACACACGUUCGGUCGUUCGGUCUCCGGUGCAUCGGCUUCCGGCGAUAUCGCGUGCUAUAAAUUGACGUCGUUCGUCCGUGUCACGCGUGGUCUGCCCGACAACGGAGACAGGACAAAUUAAGUGCGUUUCUUUUGGACGACUACCGUCCGAAAAUUGGAACAUUAAACUCUGUAGUUUCAAAUCGAUAUAGAGUCCUGGGAAAUCACAAUCAAUAUAUUUUUAGAACAAAAGAAAAAUGUUUGGCGGCUGAUGGCCCGCGAGUUCAACACGUUUCCCAUUCAAGAAUAGCAAACAAGCAUGUAGAAAACGCGUUGGCGCAUUUCGGGGCUGGACGGACCGACAACUCUUAUGCAUUCACCGAGGUACCGUGAAAACGAAACGAUUACGCACAAGCUGCAAUAAGACCGUCCUUGUUGACAUGACGAUGAGAUGAGAUCCAAUGACUGGUGGCCGUUACUGUGGAUAUGCAUAUUCCUCUGGUUCCAUGCUCACUCCGUCGGUGGUCAAUCACCGAAACCAAUUAUAAUCACCACGUGUCCGAGUCAGCUGUCUGACCAGUCAUGUUCCUGUUACGACUUUGAAGACGGCAUUUUUCUCGAAUGUCCAGGAGCUACUGGAACGGGUGUGCGCAACGCACUGUCCUCCCUGACUGGAGGCUUGAUUCAGUCACUAAGCAUCUACGACCUGGAAUCCACCGUAUCUUCCUUGUCGACAGAUCUAUUUCCUCCGGACACCAAACUCAGACAGCUCCAAAUAUCCCACUCUAACCUGUCUGUAAUUUCGGAAGAUGGGUUGAACAACAUUAAAAGUUUAGAGUCUUUUUCAAUGCUAUCCGGUAAAUUACGGGAAAUACCGCAAAAAGCGUUUACCGCUUUGACGCUGUUGAAGACAAUUGAUAUUGAAUCCAACGAUAUCGCUGAACUGGGUAGUUAUGCGUUCUCUGGCUUACAGUUAAUAAAAAUCAACCUCAAGGGUAACUCAAUACUUAAAAUAUCAGAGUACUCAUUCGCCGGCCUGGAAAAUAGUCUCACUGAGCUCGAUCUGUCUGAUAACAAGAUAAAAACAUUUCCAACGUCCGCCGUUAGACGGUUAGAGCGUCUCAUGUCCUUGAGAAUCGCAUGGAACGAAAUAGCAUCUAUUCACGACGACCGUUAUUCAUUCAUGAAAAGUCUGGUGCAGCUAGACUUGAGCUUCAACAAUUUUGAAUCUGUUCCUGAAGAUGCGUUCCGAUUAUUUCCUAAGCUCAAGAUGUUAUCUCUUUAUUACAAUUCGGUUGAAAGCAUACACAAACGAGGUUUCAGCACGCUGAUUGAACUCGAAAGUAUCGACAUUAGUCGCAACAAAAUAGUGUUCAUGGAUUGUAGCACGUUCAAAUACAACAUUCACUUACGGACAAUAGAUUUAAGCCAUAAUCAUAUUCAUUACAUUAGCGGAUUGUUUGCUAAUCUUCCCGAGCUCAGAGAACUAUUUCUUUCCGAAAACAAUAUACUGGAGAUUUCGGGUGACUCGUUUUCCAAUUCUCCAAAGUUAUCGGUUGUGUACAUUCAACAAAACGCUAUAAGAAUAAUCGAAUCUGGCGCUUUUUCAAGUUCACCCGAUCUAAUGCAAAUUUAUUUGAGUGACAAUUAUAUAGAAACCAUAGAUGCUAAUGUAUUUUUAUAUUGUAACAAACUCACAUCAUUGAGCUUGGACAACAAUCACAUUUCCAACAUCGAAAACGGUGCAUUCCGGAACAAUAGUCGACUCAAAGAACUCAGAUUGCAAAAUAACAAACUAUCGAAAAUAUUACGAACACAGUUUGAGACGUUACCUGAAUUAUUGGAAUUACAUUUGCAAAACAACGCGAUAAAGGAAGUUGAAUCUGGUGCAUUCAAAACGCUCAAAAGUUUACAACACAUUAAUCUCCAAAACAACGUCCUUACUCAUUUAGGUGACGUAUUCCUGCAUGACGCUCCAUCAUUAGUGUCUAUACAAAUUGAUUCCAACGUGUUGGCCAGUUUAAAUAACAAGUCACUUCAAGGUCAAUCCAGUCUAAAAGUAAUGUGGCUUAGCCACAACAAACUAACCAAACUUGAUAAAUCCCUGUUUGCUGACUUGUAUCAAGUACAAAGGAUUUACUUGAACAAUAAUUCCAUCGAGCACAUCGAAUUAGGCACAUUCGAGUCGAUGCAAGCAUUGGUGUUUCUAGAUCUUAGUUUCAAUCAGUUGCAAGAAAUUACUUCUAAAACGUUCGCAGAACUCAGGGGACUGAAUGAACUGCAUCUCACGGAUAAUCGUAUAUCACGAAUAGACGCAAAUUCGUUCGCGGCGCUGAAAAAAUUAACGGGUCUUAACUUGUCCAACAACCCACUUACGAAAUUGCAUAAGUACAUGUUUCAAAAAGAUUUACCCAUUCAAAAUUUAUAUCUUAACAAUUGCUCUUUAAGAAACAUUGAAAACGGAACAUUUUCAAAUUUAAACGUUCUUAACGAACUUUACCUGACACACAACUACUUAUUUGCUGAUGCGUUACUCCAAGUAGACGUGCCUACGUUGACUAUCUUGGAUGUAUCUUACAACAAUUUAGAUGGCCUUAAUUCGACUGUCUUAAAGUACCUACCAAACGUAAAGAAUGUGUAUUUAGACCAUUGUAACAUAGGUCAAAUUUUAGCCACGACAUUCAAAUUCAACCUCGAAGUCUCUUCGAUGUCUUUGUCGGACAACAAACUUUCAGCACUACCUGCAGACUUGUUAAAAGGACAGACAAGCUUAAAAAAUCUAAUUUUGGACGGGAACGAUUUCAACACCAUGCCCUACGCUACAUUGGCGAACUGCGAGAACUUGCAAAAACUAUCCGUGGCUAGAAAUAUGUUAACUGAAUUAGAUAUGACAAAACUAACAAGUAUGAAAAACCUUCAAAGCCUCUCGAUCUCUGAAAAUCGAGUUCAAAUACUCGCCGGAUUUCCAUCUUCGCUCUUCACGCUUUUGACCGAUUUGAACUUGGCAAAUAACAUACUGUCGUCAUUGCCACUCAAUUUUUUUCAGUCACUAGAACGUCUAGAUAUGUCCAAUAAUCAUUUCAGGAAAGUGCCUCCGUUGCUCAAAAGUCUUCAAUUCUUGAAUCUCACCCACAACCCACUGGGCCAAAUACGUGAAACAACAAAACCCAUGACAAUCGAGCACAUCGAUUUAAAAGAACUCCACGUGUGUGGAACGAAUUUAUCGGUUCUGGCGAGUAGUGAUUUUUUGUCUUUCACAAAUCUUCACCGUUUGUUCAUGUCUGAUAAUAAAAUAUCCAAAAUAUCACCCGGCACGUUCAGCGUUCUCGAAGAACUCCACACGCUUGACUUGAGUAAUAAUCGCAUGGAAUUUCUGCCCCAAGAAAGACUACAAGGACUAUCACAUUUGCGAUUGUUGAAUUUGUCAUGGAAUUCAAUUAAAGAAAUCGAAGACCUUUCUUCAGACUUGAUAUCGUUGCAGGUGCUUGAUAUUUCAUACAAUCAACUAGAAAAAAUCAGCAAAGGAUUAUUCCGAAACUUGGAAAGCUUGGCUGAACUAUAUUUAUACGGAAAUUCGCUAUCAUUUGUAUCUCCAGACGCUUUUCGAUCACUAAAAAAACUUAAGACAUUAGAUUUAGGUAAAAAUAAUUUCAAAAACUUGCCCAUAAACGCUCUUAGGCCGUUGGAAACACAAAUAAAAAGUUUGCGUACAGAAGAAAAUCCAAUAAACUGUGACUGCGACCAACAAGAGCUAUGGGAAUGGAUAAAAGACCACCAAAAAUUGACGUCUGAUCUAAGCACGAAAGGCUUGAUCUGUCAACAUCCUUUGGAACUCAGAGGCCGGAAGUUCAUGGAACUUGAACCUCCUGCAUUUUGUGCCAUGCCCGUCGUACUCAAACUCGCCAUUCAAGAUAUUCAACCGUACUCGAUAUUUGUGUCGUGGAAAGGGCGAAAUCACACAGGCCUACACGGUUACAGAGUAGCGUAUUAUCCGAUCGAAGAUCCGGAUUAUCCAGCAGCGGCCAUUUCAUCAGUCGCGGUAACGCCAAAUAUCAUGAACAAAUUUCUUGAUAAAAAUACUCAGACUACCCUCUUGGACAACCUGAAACCCGAAACCCGGUACUUGGUAUGUGUGUUGGGCCUUGGCAAUUGGAUACCACUGAACAGUUCGCACCAUCUACAAGACGGAUCUCAAAGUAGUCGUUGCACCGAAGUGAAGACGUUGGAAGGCGACAUGGCAUUUUACUCCGACGAACAUCACAAGAGCUCAAUACUCACGAGACGGUUAGGUCUGAUCAUCGGCAGCUGUUUGGGUUGUGUCGUGUUUAUUGUGUUGGUGUCCGUGCUUGGGUAUCUGAAAAUAAAAAAACAAAGAGAAGAUACAAAAAGGGAACAGCCACUUCCACCUGAGUAUCUGUCGUACAGGCAUUUUUCUUUGCAUACUACCGACCCAAUUGUCGCGGGUCCCGCUUUGAGUCAAAUCGGCCCGAUUACUAGUGUACAUUAAAUGACGUAUUGUGUUGUUGAUGAUACUACCUAUUUAUUAUUAUUACUAUUAUUAUUAAAAUUAUAAUUAUUAUUAAGUGAUACCGUAAUAUCAUGUUGGAUCCUAUAGUUAAUUGUUAACAAGAACAUACCUAUAACAUGAUGUACCUUGAUAAGAUUAACACAAAAACAUAAAAAUUAAUUACAAUGUUAAACUGUUAAGUGUUUGUAAAUAUAUAUAUUUUUUUUUUUCAAACAUGUUCAAAAAUUACAACACAAUAGUUUUUGAAACUGUAAUGUUUUUGUAGAAAAGAUAAAUUUGUUCCAAUCCAUAAACAGGCCCCGUUAUUACAAAAUACAAAUAUAUCACAUUUAUAGUUACCUAAAUUUCAAAUUAGUAAUGGUAUACGAAAUUUAAAAUACACGCGUAUACGCAAUUUAUAGGUACUAUACAUGUUUAUAUGUGAUACAAGUUUAAUAACAACCGCAAACAAGCUGCUGUUAAAAGUAAAGGUUCGACCGAUUUUGUUUUCUUUUUUGUAAAAACUAUUGUUUUUAUUUUAUCUACAUACGUUUUUACACAAAACCCACUGAUGUUGUUGGUAGGUAUCGAAAUUGUAUUCGUACUCCCGUGUGUGUACUGAAUAUAUUGUUAUAAACCAUUUUCGAUUUCACAAUAGCAACUCGCGUUCGAAAAUGUUUGUGUUUGCGAUAAAUCUAUUAUAAGGCAGUCGACUGUUUAUUAAUUAAAACUGUUUUCAAGAGCAGCGGGAGUAGAGGCGAUAUAGCACACAUAUUAUUACUAUUAUACAAACAGAGAUAAGAAACUUUUACAUCCCAUGGCCUCCUAGCCACCCCACCCACCCACCAACCUUUCCAAGCGCCACGUUCCCAAACUCUAAUAAAUGAUAGCGAUCGCUAAUCCGUUGCUUGAUUUACACCAAAAAUAUAUGCCUGGCAUAAUCAAUGCUUAACUUCGUAUGGUUUGAUUACUACGAAUGUAACAUCGAUCACCGAUUAGUUAUUUCCAUCUAUCAGCUGCCGAAUUCUGCCUGGCGUCCAAAUGUGUGUAUAGUUAAUCGACCAUCGAUUGAUCUGAUUAAAUUCAAAUUUUAUUUUACCAAAAUCAACUUGAUUUCCCGAUAAUUAUGACUAAUCCAAUAGAUGUAACCAGAUUCAAUGUAUUACAAUUAAAUGAAUGAACUAAUGAAAGGUUUUAACAUAUUUUUUUUAAAUUUUAGAUUGUUCGAUUAAUUUUGAUUGUCAACAAAUCGAAAAUUGGGUAGGUACAGGCCCAAAAUGAUUGACGACGAAGCAACAGUAAAUCAAAAUAAACAAUAAUAUUUUCCUUUAAAAUCCAACCUAUUUUGUUGUCGUGUGCUCAAAACUCGUGGUUUUUUGCAAAUCAUAUUUUUUUUAAAACAUAGGUAGUCAAUAUAAUGUUAUAAAAUAUUGUAUACCAACGUCCAUCGCGAAUCGCCUAUACUCGUUAACCACUGCGAUCAACAUUCAACGUUGUCGGUCCUUGUCGUGGAAUCGGAUUAGAGAAAUGUAUAAGUCCUACGCACGUCGUUUUCAAUUUUCAAUUUUUAUUUAUACCAAUUGAUUUUUUAAGAGCAAAAAAAACGCGCAUUAGCUAUCUCAAAACGAUAUUUAUUGUUCUGUUUCAGCACUAUUUUCGUAUUAAAUUGUUCAUAUAAAACCGAACUCAGGUAACUCUUUAAAUCGUUAUAUUUCGUUUCCAAAGUAUUUAUUUUUUUUUCAAAUAACAAAAACAUGUGUUUAUGGCUUUUUUGUCGCGUGCAAAAACCAUUUCAAAUGUCAAUGUAUUACGUCAUUGCAAUCGAGUUUAUAAAAAAUGUGAAUUUAAAAACUCGAAAUUCUCCAAAAUUAACCCCGUUGUUGUACAUAAUACUUAUUAGUAUCGUAUUAUAGCACGCAAAGUGGAUUGUUGUCCCGAAAACCGUUUAACGACUUAAUUGCAUCACUGCCCGAUUUACGUAAGCCGACGGCGUUUCACCUACCGUGCGACGUUUUAUUGUUUUGUUUGGUUUUCAUGUAGUCUUACAAUCGCGAAUGAGACGCCUUGUGUGUAUAAUUUGAAAAAAUUAGCUUAAAAACGAUUAAAAUAAUAUUAUUAUAGAUGCCUAGAAACCGCGUUUAUACCUCCGUCGUAUAUAAUAUGACGAUGAUAAUUAUAUAUUGCAUUGUUAAUAAAUAAUAUUAAUAUUAUAAUGAUGUGUAACGAGGCCACGAGACAUUAUUGUAUACCAUAAUAUUAUUAUGUUUAUAUUAUAAUUACCGAAAAGCGAUUGAAACCCAAUCGUGCAAUUUGUACGUUUUGUUUGUCGAUUAAAAUAUUAUUGUGUUAUGUAUUGUUAACGGAAAACUACUAGGUUAAACUCAUGUAACCUAUAUACCUAAACCUGUUUACAAUAAUAUAUUAUUAUGUUAUACAUACUUACCUAUUAUUGUUUUCAGUUUUUAAUUAAUUUUUUUUUUUUUUGCAAACGUGAUUUAUAAUAAUAUUAUUUGUAUUGAGA